CGAAACCGUGAUUGCAAGCAGUUCCGUGCCAUCUGCUCCACUGCUGAAUCCAGAGAUCCCAUCCCCUGUUCCGCCCUCCGCCGCCGCCAUGCCGCCGGCCGGUAGCCUCACCGCCGACCAGCUCAGCUUCUUCGAUACCAACGGGUACCUGGUGCUGGAGUCGUUCUCGAGCGCGGAGGAGGUGCGGGCGAUGCGGGACCGCAUGGCCGAGCUCGUCGAGGGUUACGACGGCGCCAACUCCAGCGUCUUCUCCACCAAGGAUCAUCGGCAGUUGAAGGAUGACUACUUCUUUAAGAGCGCGGAGAAUAUAUCUUUCUUCUUCGAGGAGAAGGCAUUUGGAGACGAUGGAUGCUUGAGACAGCCAAAGGAACUUUCAAUUAAUAAAGUUGGGCAUGCAUUACAUGAACAUGACCCUGUGUUCAAGAAGUUUGCUUUCUCGGAGAAUGUUUCUAGCCUGUUCUCUUCUUUAGGGUACAAGAGACCUGCAGUUAUUCAAUCUAUGUACAUCUUUAAGCAACCAGGCAUUGGUGGUGAGGUGGUGCCACACCAGGAUAAUACAUUCCUUUAUACAGAGCCUCUUUCCUGCACAGGAUUGUGGCUUGCACUUCAAGAUGCGACAAUAACCAAUGGUUGCCUAUGGGCAAUCCCCGGGUCACAUAAAAAUGGUCUGCAAAGGCGAAUGAUCAGAGAUGAAAAUGGUACUCAUUUUGAUCGUCCCUCCCCGCUUUAUGAUCAGAAAGAGUUUGUACCACUGGAAGUAAAAUCAGGUGACUUUGUUGUCAUUCACGGCGAUCUUGUACACCAGAGCUUUGAGAACAAUUCUCCAGUGUCAAGACAUGCACUGAGCUUACAUGUAGUUGAUAUGGAAGGAUGUAGAUGGUCCAAGGACAACUGGAUACAGAGGACAACUGCUCCUGAACCUCUUUAUGUGUCUUAGUUCAGCCAGUUAUUACUAAUAAAACGACAGAUCUCCAGAUAGCAGUUCCCAUUGGUGGUGCCAGUUGCUUAUCAUCGGUGCAGUUAAACUUGGGAACGCUGCGGGGCAAAUGCUUGUUUUCUUUACUUUCUUUCACAUGCGAACAUUGUAAAUACUCGUGCUACUAUGUUUCCGUGAUAUGGAUCUACUGUGCACCAAAUGAAGGUAGCCAUGCUUUACUAGCUCA